AUGGUGAAAAAUUCAAUUUAUUAUUAUUUUGAUUUUAACUUCUUUAUAACCGGAAGCACUGUGGAUCAUUAUUCAUUUCAACCUGUGUUUCAAUGUGAUAUAGAUUUUACACUCACUCUAUAUUACUCUCUAUUUACCCCUCCCUGUGGAUUUCACUUACACUCACUCUAUAUUACUCUCUAUUUACCCCUCCCUGUGGAUUUCACUUACACUCACUCUAUAUUACUCUCUAUUUACCCCUCCCUGUGGAUUUCACUUACACUCACUCUAUAUUACUCUCUAUUUAACCCUCCCUGUGGAUUUCACUUACACUCACUCUAUAUUACUCUCUAUUUAACCCUCCCUGUGGAUUUCACUUUCACUCAAUCUAUAUUACUCUCUAUUUACCCCUCCCUGUGGAUUUUACUUUCACUUCUAUAUUACUCAUUUAUCUAUUUUACUCUCUAUUUAACCCUCCCUGUGGAUUUCACUUUCACUCAAUCUAUAUUACUCUCUAUUUACCCCUCCCUGUGGAUUUCACUUUCACUCAAUCUAUAUUACUCUCUCUAUUUACCUCCCCUGUGGAUUUCCACUUUACCUCACCUAUAUUACUCUCUAUUUACCCCUCCCUGUGGAUUUCACUUUCACUCACUCUAUAUUACUCUCUAUUUAACCCUCCCUGUGGAUUUCACUUUCACUCAAUCUAUAUUACUCUCUAUUUACCCCUCCCUGUGGAUUUCACUUACACUCACUCUAUAUUACUUUCUCAUUUAUUACUCUCUCCCCUGUGGAUUUCACUUUCCACUCAAUCUAUUUUACUCUCUAUAUUAA